AUGAUGAGACGUAACCACCGCGCUUAUGGGUACUUAACUGUUUCGGUAAAAAUGUUGUUUGCAACUACUCAUUGUCUGUUCAUAGUCCACAUAGAAUAUACAGAAAAUUCGCUUGAUGAAAAUUCUAACACCAGAACUUGUAUCACAGCAUUUUCUUGCUGUGAUAUGGUACUACUUCAACAUCUAGACACACGUCCUAAAAAUGCCCCUAUUUAUACAAUUGUUGAAUUCAUUGUUUUAUCAAAUGCAAAAAUGUCUGGGUCUGGAAGGAUGCAAGAUUUGCCAUGCACAUUUUGCAUGACUCCUGAUGUCUGCGACGCAUGCCCUAGCAUCACAGAUCUUGUGAGGGCUUUCUGAUGCCUAUAACGCAUGAGAAAUGCCCUCUCGCCGUGGCCAUCAAAGCCAGACCUCUUUUGCUGUUCAUGCAAUACAGAUUUUUGGAAUUGGAUAAUGCAGACGCAGUCGCAGCAUCACAAGUUGCAUUCUUCCAGACCCAGACAUUUUUACAUUUGAUAUGUUUGAUUGAAAAGAUGACCUUGUCUAAUACAGCUUCGACGAUUAUUUCACUACAGAUGCUCGCAUGUGCACAUCUUCUGUCCACCGAUGUUGAAAGGAAGCGGAGGAGCUUUGCUUUGCUUGUAACAAAAAAUUAUGUUUAUCGAAUGGAUCAAGUAUUUAAUACAUGGGAAAGAAAAUCCCGACCGCGAGAAUUUCUUUUGCAGCAGAAUGGUUUUUCUUGA